AUGAAAGCAACAGAGCCUGUUGCCAUUAUUGGCACAGGAUGCCGCUUCCCCGGUGGCGCUUCUUCUCCUGCGAAACUGUGGGAACUUCUCCAAAACCCCCGUGAUAUUGCGCGCAAAGUUCCGGCCAAUCGAUUCAAUAUCAACGCCUUUUAUCAUCCAGAUGGAGAUCACCAUGGCACAACAAACGUCCAGGAAUCCUACUUCUUGGACGAGGAUAUCACAGCCUUUGAUGCGGCCUUCUUCAAUAUCUCGCCAACGGAAGCGGUGGCGAUGGAUCCGCAACAGCGAUUACUCCUAGAGACAGUGUAUGAAUCGCUUGAUGCGGCGGGGUUACGAGUGGAUGCGCUGCAGGGCUCAAUGACCGGGGUGUUCUGUGGUGCCCUUCGCACCGACUACAAUCAGAUCCAGGCCAUGGAUCCCCAGGCAUUCCCAGCGUAUAUGGUCACGGGCAACUCACCGUCAAUCAUGGCCAAUCGUAUUUCUUACUACUUUGACUGGCACGGUCCUUCCAUGACAGUUGAUACCGGAUGUUCUUCAAGUCUACUGGCUGUUCAUCUCGGAGUCGAAGCUUUGCAGAACGAGGACUGUUCCCUGGCGGUGGCAGUAGGGAGCAACUUGAUCCUGUCACCCAAUGCCUAUAUCGCAGACUCUAAAACACGGAUGCUGUCCCCUACAGGCCGGAGUAGCAUGUGGGACAGCAAGGCUGACGGCUAUGCACGAGGCGAAGGGGUGGCUUCGGUGGUUUUGAAACGGCUGCAAGACGCAAUCAUCGACGGGGAUCCCAUCGAAUGCGUGAUCCGCGCCUCCGGGGCAAAUUCGGAUGGGCGAACGAUGGGGAUCACGAUGCCUAAUGCCAAGGCACAGCAGUCAUUGAUCCUCGCUACCUAUGCACGCGCGGGUUUAUCUCCUCAAGACCGGCCCUCGGAUCGGUGCCAGUAUUUCGAGGCCCAUGGGACAGGGACCCAGGCCGGAGAUCCCCAGGAAGCAGCCGCAAUCAACUCAAGCUUCUUUGGGCCUGAAUCCGUUCCAGAUCCGAUCAAUCGACUGUAUGUGGGAUCUAUCAAGACAAUAAUUGGACAUACAGAGGCCACUGCUGGACUGGCAGGAUUGAUUAAGGCUUCCCUGUCGCUGCAACACGGGAUGAUCGUUCCUAAUCUCCUGAUGCAGCAGCUUAAUCCAAAGGUAGAACCGUUUGCCGCUCAGCUAUGUGUUCCCACGGAGUGCGUCCCGUGGCCUGCAGUCCCAGAUGGCUGUCCCCGCCGGGCCUCUGUGAACUCCUUCGGCUUUGGGGGUGCCAAUGUGCAUGUGGUCCUAGAAAGCUACACUCGCCGGGAGUUCAGCCCGUCCCACAACAUGCCCUCCAGCCUGCCCUUUGUCUUCUCUGCUGCCUCUGAGCGGACACUCACAUUCGUCCUGGAGUCCUACGCGACAUUCCUCCGAGAACGCGCACCAGUCAGCCUCGUUGGUCUGGCGGUGUCCUUGUGGACUCGACGUUCCACUCAUCGCCACCGCCUGACGCUAAUGGCGCAUUCGCUACAGGGAUUACAAGAUCAGAUCGAUGCCGAACUCAGUCGAAGGGCCACGGGUAAACCCGCCUCCAUCGUCUCCAGGUCCAGCAGUCGGCCCAGGCGCGUCAUGGGCAUCUUUACGGGCCAAGGAGCCCAGUGGCCGCAAAUGGGGCUCGAUCUGGUUGAGGCAAGUCCUCUCAUUCGACAAUGGAUGGCCGAUCUGGAGGAAGCUCUGGAUAAACUCCCUCUGGACUUACAUCCGCGAUUUUCUCUUCUCGAGGAAUUGUCACGACCGGCAUCUUCUUCGCGCGUAAACGAGGGCUUUCUUUCUCUCCCCUUACGGACAGCGCUGCAAAUCAUGCAAGUCAACAUCCUUCGUGCGGUAGGCAAUGAGCUUACCAUUGUUGUCGGCCACUCUUCCGGGGAGAUUGUAGCAGCCUAUGCUGCGGGUGUGCUGACGGCCUCAGAUGCAAUCCGCAUUGCGUACCUUCGGGGAAGAGCCAUUGAUGAGUCACGCGAUUCGACAGGCCGGAUGAUGGCCGUCAAUCUGACGUGGCAGCAGGCACAGACCAUUUGCGCUUUAGAAACCUAUUCCGGACGCAUAAGCGUUGCCGCCGCUAAUUCCCCGUCCAGCGUCACCUUAUCCGGUGACGCAGAGUGCCUGCGGGAGUUGGAGUGGCUGCUGAAGAGCCUGGGCCUCACUCCGCGUAUGCUUCGAGUGGACACCGCAUAUCACUCUCCCUAUAUGAAGCCGUGCGCAGACCCAUAUCGCGAGGCAAUGCAAGCCUGUCCUGUCGCGCUGACAGCGUCUGUCGCGCGCUGGUACUCUAGCGUCUACCCCGGGGAGGUCAUGACUGGGCAUGGCCAGAAGGAACUGACGGGGGAGUACUGGGUCGAGAAUAUGCUGCGUCCUGUCCAGUUCUCCCAGGCGCUGGAGGCCGCCGUACGAGAGGCUGGACCACCAGAUGUCAUCGUCGAGAUCGGGCCACAUCCAACACUGAGAGGGCCCGUCCUACAAACCUUGUCCAAAAUGCACUCGGCCCACUCAACAAUUCCUUACCUUGCCCUUGCUGAGAGAGGAAAGCCCGGCCUCGAUACAUGGGCAAUGGCCCUGGGAUCGUCCUGGGCGCACCUCGGCCCCAAUGCCAUCCGCCUCACAGACUAUGUCUCACUCUUUGACCCAGACCAGUCGCCUGUGCCGGUAGAUUCGCUACCAUCCUACCCUUUCGAUCACUCCCAGACUUACUGGGCGCAGUCGCGAAUAUCACUGAACUAUAGCCAUCGUGUUACACCUCCCAACGCGCUCCUCGGUGCUCUCAGUCCGGAGAACGGAGCAAAAGAGUUCCGUUGGCGAAACUACCUGCGGCCAGAGGAGCUGCCCUGGUUGGCAGACCGUCGUUCCGGAUCGAGACCGGUCUUCCCUGAGACUGGAUAUAUAUCAAUGGCACUGGAGGCAGGGAUGAUAGUGGCACAGACCCAGGGACUGCGCUUGCUGAAUGUCAAGGAUUUAGCCGUCCACACUCAGCUCUACAUCCAGAACGAUCCCAUCGGCACGGAGGUGCUUGUUACCGUGGGUGGUAUUCACUCGCAUGAUGGAGUCAUUGCUGCUCUGUUCUGCUGCGAGGCUGCUGUAUCUGGAAAGUUCGUCCAGUGUGCAACAGCCAAGAUGAUCAUGCAUCCAGGGGAUCCAGAUCGUGCUCUCCUACCCCCACAAGGCCAGCUAGCUCCGGCCUUAGGGCCCGUGGACAUCACUGAAUUCUAUGACAGCCUGCGUCGCGUUGACUAUCACUGCACUGGCUCGUUCUCUGGGUUGAUAGGGCUCCGACAACGGCGUGAUCUCGCCGCCGGAACUGUGCUGGUACCCUCGAGAGAUUCUGACCAGCCUAUUACUCUUCACCCGGCCAUUUUAGAGCUUGCUAUUCAAACAAUGAUUGCUGCGAUGGGUGCGCCCGAAGAGACGCUGCUGGCAGGCCCUUUCCUGUUCAAAAACGUCGACAGUACCUGGGUCAAUCCUGUGUUAUGUGCUUCUAGUGGACAGGGAAAGGAAAUGACGGUGGCAAGCUAUCUGACCCAUGUCGAUGGAGAUCAGAUCCGCGGUGAUAUCGACAUUUUUACGAUGAAUGGGGAAAAGGCCGUCCAGCUCGAAGGUGUUUGCCUCGUAUGUCAGCCAUCUGGGAAUGCACCGAACGAUACGCAGGUCCUUUCCCAGACCGAGUGGGGGCCGCUUGAGCCCACUCUGAAGAAGACAUCACGCCUAUUGCCCGCGGUUCCUCUCCAGCUACACUCUCUCCGAGAGGAGCUUGCGCUACUGUAUCUCAAGCAGGCCAGCAAUGGACUGACGGACUCGGAGCGAAGCGGAUUGGAUUGUGAUGGUGCUCGUCUGCUUGCAUGGAUGAGCCAAUGCAUUGCGAAUGCUCGCCAAGGAUCAGAUCCCGUAGGCACAUCCGAAUUGUUGGAUCAGAAAAUUGAGACCUUCACGGCUCGAGCGAGCCCGUCAAUAAAGGACCCUGGUCUCAGGGCGAUUGCUGCUGUGGGCCAGCGACUGCCUCGCGUCCUGCGCGAAUCGGGUCCUCAAAGAGAGGCCUGGCUGGCCGUCGACGAGGAAAAUCAAUAUCUGGAGGACGACGUGCAGGCCUCGUACCUGGUAAAUGAGCUCGUAUCUGUCGUCAGCCAGACGUGUUUCCGCUUUCCACAGAUGAACAUCCUCCAGAUCGGCCAAUUUGGAGGUCAUGUUCACUCUGAAUUGAGGAAGAUGGGACGGAGUUACCGGUCGUUCACUUAUGCAGCGCUCUCCGUUCCUGGCUUACGGGUGUCUGGGGAUGACCUUGAGCGAUCUGGCGAGGUGUCGCACAAAAUCUUGGACGUCAAUCGGGACCCUAUCGAGCAGGGCUACCGGGAGCAAUCCUACGACAUGGUCCUAAUCACAACUGCGGGAUUCCUGCGAGAGGCCGCGGUGGCCCAUAUCCGUCGCUUGCUCAAGCCUGGUGGAUUCCUGGUCCUACUGGUGCGAACGAAUCCCAGUAUCACAUAUUUGAAUCUCCUAUUCGGCCCUCCGGUGAGAUGUAUUGAGACCGGGAAAGGCUACUGCUCUGGUGAGCAGGUCACCACCAGGGACCACUGGGUUGAGCUACUGUCUAAUAACGGGUUCUGUGGCUUGGAGUCGCUCGAUGCGCCCCGAGAAAUUGCAAGCCUCGAGGACUUCUCACUGCUUCUCUGUCGGACCCCAGACAGCCACGCGGAACCAUCGCGCCGCGGAGCCCUGCUGUUGCUUGGCGGUGACGCCGAGGAGGUCGACUGCCUCAUGUCAGAACUUGCUGGAUUGGUGCAGGGCGAAUUUGUUCAAGUUUUUCAUGCACUGUCCCUGGAUUUAAUUGAGGACGACGAUCUGUCUGAACUGACCGUUCUGUGCCUCGCCGAUGGUCGAGAUCUGACCGAUGCUAGCCUGAGCGAGCUGCGGAGACUGAUUACAGUCAGUAAGCGGACGUUAUGGGUGACGUCUGAGAAGAUCGAUCACCCUGAUGCUGGACUGGCGAAAGGUCUCCUUCGCGGCAUCCUGGCCUCUGAAAGACCGUCCUGUCAGCUGCAGCUGCUACAUAUCACAGAUCCGGCUGGAGUGUCAGCGGAAAUCUUGGCAACCGCUCUUGAACGCUUUGUUCGAGCCAGUGCAGGUCAAGAAAGUCCUAAUUCGUGCGGACUGAACAGCAUUGAGCCCGAAAUUCAAUAUGACGGCUCUAUGUUCCGUAUUCCUCGUCAAUACCAUGACCAUUCUACUGGGCUGCGCCAUCUGGCCAGGAGCCAGAGGGUGACAGACUGUGUGGACCUCAGCAAGGGAGUAGUACAGGUUCUCCCUGCGACCGCUGACAGACCUUGUGAAGGGUUCCGCCUUCUCUCGAUGGCUGAUCCGCCGGUAACCACAAGCUACGGACCGACUCUUCAUCUGCGAGUGCGCCAUUCCAGUCUCGCCGCUUUACGGGUAGCAGGGGCCAUAUUCCUACGGCUGGUCAUAGGGCGGGACGUUAGCAGCAACAAGAGAACGAUCGCUCUGUCGUCCCACAUUGCAUCUCAGGUCAUCGUCCCGGAAUCCUGGGCGUGGUCAGUGCCAGACACGGUGUUGGAAGCCCACGAGCAGUCUUUCCUCCGCGCCACAGCGGCUGCUCUGUUGGCGGGAUACCUGGUCGAACAAGCCCCACAAUCCGGGACGCUUGUGGUGCACGAGGCUGACCGGGUCCUCCAGUCUAUCUUCCACCAAAUACCGACCCGACGCAAUGGCAAAGUCGUCUUCAGCACCAGCACAAGCAACCCGGACAAAGGGAGACCGACAUUGCUCCUGCAUGAGCAUAGCACUGCGCGGCAACUGUCUCACGUACUUCCCUCGGAUGUGUCGGUCAUGGCGGUCCUGCAUCGCCGUGGACAGGGUAUAUAUGAGCGUAUGCUAUCGCUUUUGCCUGAGGAUGCGGCACGAAUCCAUGUAGAGGAUUGUUACCUUCCCUCUGCAUCAAUAGGGCCGACCAAUGGGGAUGAUUCGUCGCUCAUAGCCAAGGCCUUCCUAACCGCCUGCUUAGUGGCGUACACUGGCCGCGAGGCGCUCCCACUGAAUUCCGUGAAUUUGUUGCCAAUCAAUAGGGUUUCUGAGUACCCCACCAUUGAUUGCCAGGAAGUCAUUGUAGAUUGGGACUCUCCGACCCCGGUGCUCGCCCAGAUACCGACUGCCAGUUCCCAGGUGCAGCUGUCGGAGAAGAAAACCUACAUACUCGUAGGUCUAGCCAGCGGACUAGCCCAUAUUGCUUGUCUCUGGCUGGCAGCACACGGGGCGAAAUGGAUCCUUCUCGCUAGCUUUAGUCCGGAGCCAGAUGCGUGGUGGUUGGAAGAGGUUUCUCGACGAGGAAUGCGCAUAGCGGUCUCGACAAUAAACCUGACCGAUGGCGUUUCUGUCACCAGUUUGCAUCAAAAUAUCCCACAUGCGUUUCCCCCGCUAGUAGGAGGAGUGCUAAUUGAGCCACCGCCUCUACCCGACUGCUCCUUGUCCCAGCUCACCGCGGGACUACUCCAGGGCCAUCUACAUCCGGUUUUGAGGGGGUUGCAGCAGCUAGACGAGCUCCACAAGACCCCAACCCUGGACUUUUGGGUGCUCAUCGGAUCUAUUGCAGGAAUGCUAGGCCACCCGGAUCAGGCAAUGGCUGCGGCUAUGUCCGAGAAAAUGGCCUCGCUGGUCCGCCACCGUCGGGCCCAGGGCAGGCCGGCGAGCCUAGUACAUCUGGGUGAGAUCUACGGCAUUGACAGUUUCUCUCCCAGGCAGCACCCUUGGUGUGGUCCGGUGACCGUAUCCCAGCGGGAUGUCGACGAAAUACUCGCCGAAGCUAUCCUUUGCGGGCGCUCAGAUUCCACUUACAACGCUGAGUUCAUCGCGGGCCUUCGACAUCAGAGCUUGCAGAGCGGUUGUAUGGCGUGUCCGGUGCCAAAGCUGUGGCCAUUCUACUCCUACACGGCCACAGCGAGUCACGAUCAACUGCCUCCAUCGCUUGAGACCCGGUCGACCAAGGAUCUUGUGGCUGCGGCGACCAGCUUGGAGGAGAAGGCCGAGGCAAUCGCGAGCCGUCUCAUGGACAAAAUGCGGGCCAGCUUGAACUUGACUGCAGAUGCACCGCUCUCCUCCGACACGCUGAUUCCAGAGCUCGGAGUCGACUCGCUUAUCGCUGUUGAGCUACGUCAAUGGUUUACAAAAGAAUUGACCGUCGAAAUAGGGGUUGUGUUAAUUCUAAGUGGCGCAUCUGUGGGUGAAUUAGCGCGGUCUGGGAAUCUCAGCUCGUACUUAAAGAGCGCAAAGAUUCUCCUGCAGGACAAGGUUCUGCAUAUUUAUCAGUGGAUAGACUGUAACACUAUCGAUAUGGAGCCACACAGCGAGACAGACCUAGUCAGCUUUGCUUUUAGUGGUCCUACCACGUUUGACCCAUCUAAGCCCAUCUAUAUUGACGCCCGGAAUCCCUCGCGCGCUUUCAAUGCCAUACAAUUCCGACGGCUGGUGCGAUCACUCAUUACUGGCCUCAGAGCCCGGGGUGUGGAACGAGGCGAUUGUGUCCUCGUGCAGCUGGAGAAUAGUGUCAUACACUCUGCCCUUUUCUUCGCCAUCGUCGGUGCCGGAGGAGUUUAUAUGGGCUGCGACGUGGAUAGUCCCCCACAUGAAUUGACUCAUCUGCUUCGUCUCGCCGAGCCUCGGUUGAUUAUCACUGCUCCGGGUGCCUUAUCCAGAGCACUGGAGGUGUGCAGUCUGCAGGGAAUCUCCUCGAGUCAAGUUCUUCUGGUGGAUGAGCACUCCAUCGAAAACAUAGUCCAAUUUGCACACGGCCAGGCGGAGCACACGGAGGAUCUCAAUCCCCAGACAGCCGACCUGUCUAUCCGCCUGGAGAAUCUGCUCCAGUACGGGGAGUCCGACUGGCUUCGUUUCGAAGAUAGCGAACAGAGCAAGGGGACGCCGGCUGCCAUGUUCCUAACCAGUGGUACCAGCGGGCUCCCCAAAGCCGCGAUUCGAACCCACCACACGAUCAUUUCCCACCAUCUGAGCGUCCACUAUCAAGUGCCGUACCCCGUCGUCCGUCUGAUGGCACUGCCAAUGUACCAUUCCUUCGGCGACUUCUGGACCAACAUCUUCCCCAUCCGGUACGGCGAGCCUCUGUACGUUCUUCCGCGCUUCGAUAUCUCCGCUUUCCUCGAAGGCGUCCGCCAGCACGGCAUCUCGGAGACGUACAUGGUUCCCGCCAUAGUCCAUAUUCUGAACAAGUCCUCCUUGCAUGUAGCCGAGAGCUUGUCCUCCCUGCGCUAUGUCGGUAUUUCCGGUGCCCCCAUCGACGGGUACUCUAUGCAGCAAUUCCAGCGCCUCCUGUCACCGGACGCUGUAGCGGGAAAUCUGUGGGGUAUGUCUGAGGUGGGAGUGGUGUUCCAGAAUCGCUAUGGGGUAACACCACAAUUUGGUAGUGUGGGGACUCUGCUGCCCGGAUACGAGCUGCGCUUUGUCGAUCCCGACACGGGCGAAGAUGUCGGCGGGACGUCAGACUCUCCUGGAGAGUUGUACUCUGUCGCCCCUGCAGAAAUUGAAGGGAUCCUACUGAAGGACCCGGGUGUCAAGGACGCAGCUGUGAUCGGGGUCAUGCUCCCAGAUGGCAGCAGCGAGGUCCCCCGAGCCUAUGUCGUCCGCACUGGCAUAUGCCCCGAGAUGACGGCGGAUCAAGUGGCAAGCCUGAUUAAAGACCAGCUGGCCAGCUAUAAAGCCCUGGAUGGAGGUGUGAUCUUUGUGGACGAGAUUCCACGGACGGGUAUUGGCAAGCCCCAUCGAGUGAAGCUCUCACAGUUGGAUCGUCAACGGGAGAAGAUUGCCUCCAUUCUUGGUCUGUCUGUUGCUGUGCAGUGA